AUGGUGGCCGAAUCGUCCGUCGACCAUCACUCCCUCGUCCCUCCCGACAGGUACGGACGUCACGUACCCCUCACCAAGAAACGAGGCGUAUCUGGCGAGAGCGCCCUGUCGCUGGGUAUCGAAGACAUCCACAUUGAGAAACACGAUAAGGACAACAGGACAUGGCAGCGGAUCCGCGAGGCCAUCCUCUGCAACGACUUCCUCAAGAAUCUGGAGUUGCCUCAGGUCGAAGAGAUCGUGAACUGUAUGCACACCCAGCACUUUGCCCAGGGAACACUCGUCAUCCGACAAGGAGACGUCGGGAGUCACCUCUUCGUAUCCACAGAAAAUGAGCUUGAAGUGACGAAAGAUGGGGAGAUAAUAGGAAAGGUGAUGCCCUGGCGAGCAUUCGGUGAGCUGGCUAUCCUCUACAACUGCACCAGAACAGCCUCUGUCAGAGCUCUGGAGGAUUCUAAGGUGUGGAUGAUGGACCGAAAGGCCUUCCAUACCAUCAUGAUGAAGACAGGUCUACAGCGGAGAGAGGACAACCUCAAGUUCCUCAAGAGCGUACCCCUGCUAGAGAAGCUACCAGAUGAAAUUCUGACGAAGGUGGCAGAUGCACUGGAAGUGGAUUUCUAUCCAUCCGGAGAAUACAUAGUGAGAGAGGGUGCCACUGGCGACACAUUCUUUAUUAUUAGCAAAGGGAACGUAGUCGUCACACAGAAGCACCUGGACGUCGAAGAAGAAAUACGAUCUAUGAGCAGAGGAGAGUACUUUGGAGAAAGGGCACUCCUCAGGGACGAGAAGAGAACGGCUAACGUAAUCGCAGCGCCACCUGGCGUAGAAUGCCUCACGCUCAACAGAGAAUCUUUCAAAGAGCUGAUCGGCGAUUUGCUGGAGUUGAAAGAAAAGCAGAAAGAGUACGACGAAUGGCCGCAAAACAACCAGGAAGAGAAGAGAUUGUACAAUGACGGGGUAUUUAGCGAUGAGAUUGAGGAAGAAGACUUCAGGUACUUGACCUUGGAAGAUCUGGAGGUCGUGACUACUUUGGGAGUUGGAGCUUUCGGGAGGGUCGAUCUAGUGCAAUGUCCUGGCGAGUCGAGGGCCUUCGCGCUCAAGUGUCUCCGUAAGGACGAAAUCGUGUCUAUGGAGCAACAGCACCACGUCCUCAACGAGAAGAACGUCAUGAAGUCCUGCCGACACAUGUUCAUAUGCAGGUUACACCGCACCUUUAAGGACAAAAAGUAUGUGUACUUGCUGAUGGAAGCCUGCCUCGGUGGUGAGGUGUGGACGUAUUUGCGGGACAGGGGUCGCUUCGACGAGCUCACCACCAGGUUUUAUGCGGCGUGUGUUGUAGAUGCUCUGGAGUAUCUGCACGACAAGCAAAUAGUGUACCGCGAUCUGAAGCCGGAGAACCUGAUGCUAGACAGUGCCGGAUAUCUUAAGCUGGUGGACUUUGGGUUCGCAAGCCACGUGAGUCGGGGCCGCAAGACGUGGACCUUCUGUGGUACACCCGAAUACGUGGCCCCCGAAACGGUCCUGAACAAGGGCCACGACCGGGCCGUCGACUUCUGGGCCCUUGGAAUCCUUCUCUACGAACUCCUCACGGGAGCGCCUCCCUUCCGGGCUGCCGAGCCCAUGGAUGUCUACACUCUGAUUCUGAAAGGGAUCGACUCAGUCCACUUCCCCGACUUUGUGCCCAGGGUGGCCCAGCACCUCAUCCGGAAGCUCUGCAAGGAGAACGCAGCCGAGAGACUCGGAUACCAGAGGGGAGUUGCGGACAUACGGAAGCACAGAUGGUUUCAAGGCUUCCACUGGGAAGGACUUCGAAAUCAGAAUUUGACACCGCCCAUCAUUCCUCAGGUGUCCGGACCCCAUGACACUCACAACUUCGACGAGUACCCUCGUGACUGCCGGCUUCCAGACGACGAGGAAUCCGGCUGGGACGAACACUUCUAGACCUCUCAUCAACACGACUUCUCGGAAAUCCCCUUCUGUUUUCUCUUCCAUCACAGACACCUGACAAGUCCAUCUGAUGCUAUCCAUUAGUUGCUACUGUGCCAUACUAACGUGCACAGGAACAUAUCCAUCAGAUGGUCUUCAUCAAGUGCCAUACCAACCUUGAACUGUGCCAUAACGAGAUGUUACUGAACAGUGCUGCGUCGCACCAACGUGCUCCUGAACAGUUUCAUCAAGGGUCCUCUUCAAGCGGAUAGACUUGUAAAUUAUCGUAUCAUCCUACAACUAAACAGUUCCAUCAGAAUACUGUCAUCCAGCGUGUUAUUUGGAACAGAAGUCGCAUCAUCACGCAACUGAGAAUUUCCAUCAGACGUCUUCAUCAAGUGUGUGAGCUUGAACUAUGCCAUUCGAAGGCGCACCUGAACAGUUCCAUCAAGUGGUCUUCAUCAAGAAUGUUAGCUUGAACUGUGCCACACCAACGUGUAUCUGAACAGUUUCAUCAAAUGGUCCUCGUCCAGAGUGUUGAUUUGCAAGCUAUCGUAUCAUCCUACAACUAAACAGUUCCAUCAGAUUAUUGUCCUCAAGCGUGUUAUUUGGAAUGGAAGUCACAUCAUCGCGCAACUGAGCAUUUCCAUCAGGUGGUAUUCAUCAAUCAUGUUUGUUUGAAAAGAGACUGUAUCAUUGUAAAAUUCAACGAUUCCGUUCUCUCUGAUCUAUUUUCCCCCCUUUUCCCACACAGCAAAUUUCUCGUGUAAAUACUAUUAUAAUCAUUGUCCACCAUCAUCAAUCCACUGCUCAUUGAGGUCUUCUUACUCAUUUUUAUAUUUACAAGUAACAUGAUCAGAAAUAUAAGAGCAGUAUCUUCUGAUUUUCCAUCAACUUCUGCGAUAUUCCUCAGAUUAUCUUCCAUGGACGUUUAUCGGACCGUUCGAAAAUAUAAAAAUCUUAUGUUAAUCUGUUGAGAUUUUUCAAGCUACGCGAAGCAUCUUCAAAAUCUUAUUUCAGUACAUUAAAUACCCUAAUUUGGUUUUAUACUCCGUGUCAGUCUAAAAUUAUUGUAAAGAUUCCAUAUACCAAAUUGAAUAACUAUUUUCUAUUGAAUUUUGAAAUAAUUAUGCUUUAAAAGGACAUUAUUUAUAAUGUAUUUGUAUGCAUGAGUAUACAAUUGUGUAUGCAAGGCCGUCCGGAGAGGGGCGAGCGGAGCAGCCUUUUAUAUAGUUUUCAAAAUCAAACACAUUAGAUUUCAGAUUACAUGUUUAAUUAUGUAAUAAUUGAUAAAAAAAUUGUUCGAUACUUUUCCAGAUAACGUCCAUCAUUCUGUGUGUGGGAAGAGGACGUCAGAAAAUGUUCGCUCCGGGCGCCGCGCCGUCCUCUCUUGGGACCAGGGUUUCCAGAUUUAAGAACAGUAAAUACGAAACAGGCUUCGAGGAGUGAAGGGGGGAGGGGUGAUAUUUUUGAGUGUGAGGGCAAUUACUGGAUAUGGUGUAUUUUUAAGAGAUGCUUUCCAACGUAGAACGUCUCUUCAUGAUAAAUCUGAAAUAUUCAAUCGUAUUCGUAAUGAAGUAUUAAAGCUUACAAAAUGUCGCCGAUCAAAGUAUAAAAAUUGUUUUCAUUGCGAGUGACGAUAUAUUUCCAACAUUAGUCAAUGAGCAAAGAGGAAGCAAUCAUUCGGCUCCUCAUGGUCUGCCACCAAAUCAUAAACCAAAUUAAAACAAAAUAAUUUUUGUGUUUGCUGCCACAUGAUUUCCUUAUUGCUCUUCAUUUCACAUUUUUUGUUUUACUUUAUUUUUUCCCUUAAACAACGUCUCGUUUUGCUAAAUAUUGUUAUUACCUAGAAUACGGGACUUUAGCCGUCCCGUAUGGAAGU